ACGGUACACACACGGUAGACACACUGAUAUGAUCGCUGCAAGCGCGCUAAGACCACUGGGUAUUUAAAGAAUCUUACACUCCGUCCACUGAAUUCGUCACCUGAAUUACGAAAUCAUCCGAAAUAUCCCGUUACUUGCCGAUUCAUUUGCACUUGUCAAUCAUAACUACGUCAGUACAAGAUUGACCAAUCGCAAGCAAUAUUCGACGCACUCUUUUGAUAUGCUAACGAGAAGAACGUGACUAAAUUAUCUUUCGGAUUCGGAUUUUUCCGGAAGCUUCCCUUGUUCGGUUUUCUGACAAGCGUAAAAGGUUUUCAUCAACAGCCGCCAUUUUGUGAAUGCCCUACCGGGCGAAAACAGCAUUUUCCCCCGGAUUUUUACGCCUCAUAUCGGAAACCUUUUUCCACUAGGCGAUCUGAGGAGUUUAGCUAGUAUUUUGAUUCUCCAUAGACGUUGGUUAGAUCGUCUUAAAUUGUAGCAUAAUGUGACUGUUGGUCUCUCAAUUUGACGAAUUUUUCUCGGAGAUCAAGCUUUGUACGCCCGCAUCAUACUGUGUAAAGAUGUGCGCUGUAAAGAUUCAUCAUCAGAGACAUCGCGAUGCCCUGGUUGAACUCUACAUCCAAGAUGAGAUUGUUGUUGGCGAGUAGAUGGUCCGAUAGGAACAUAUUUUUGAAGAUUUUCUAUUACUGAGUAUCUAUUAUAAGGAUUCAAAUAUCGAAUUUCUACAUUACAAUUUCAGAAUGGCGGACCAAAUCGUCGAUGGGCCGCCAUCGAAAAGGCUAAAGUUAGCGUCGCCAGCGAACGCUUCCAACGAACGUGGUGAAUCAGAAUUAACCAAGCUUCUUGACAUUGAUGUUCCACCUCUGGCUGAUGAUCUUCAUGUGAGAAGUCACAAUACCAAUGAGACUCCAGUAUCCUUCUCCUCAGCCAGUGCCAGUCUGACAAGUGUUGGAGGAGCUAGUAGUGGCAAUACGUCAGUAACUGUUGUGUCAUCAAUGCCAGUCACCACUGACACACAUAAUGACCCAAUGAAAAAGAACACACAGCUUACCAAGUUGCUGCAGUCUCCACCCCGCACAGGAGUAAGUGCCCAGGUCAGUCAGCCUGGGAGUGUUAUGGGAAAAGCUGUUGCAGUGUCAUCAGGAAUGCAGCAGAGUCAAAUGCAGGGUGGAGUUUCGAACUCCAACCUAGUCAACAUCUCCCGUUCCUUUACUAAUAGCCCUGUGCCAAAUAGCAUUGCAAAGCAAGCAGCAGGGCAAGGUCUAGCUCCUUCCCCAGCCGUGAAUCAGACUGUUGGUGCAACUUCUGGAAUUGCCAACACACGGACAAAUAACGCUAGUGCAGCUAACACUAUUGGUCAGUUCAAUCCCAGUACUGGGGCUAUGCCCAUUAACAGUAUGGGCAAUGCAAAUGUUGCCUCAAACAUGGGACCUGGUCAUGGGAUGAUGGGCAAUAGGCCAAACAUGAUGAAUGGACCAUUUCAAGGUGGAGAUGGAAUGGCCAUGGGUAUGAACAAUUCCAUGGUUCGGAAUAACAAUCCUGUAGCCAAUUCAAUAGCGUUGCAGCAAAUGGCCAACAACAAUGCAAUGGGCAAUAGUUCUGUGGUCAAUGUUGGACAACCUAAUAUGAUAAGUGGAAUGGAUCCAGCGAUGGCAAAAGCAAGGGCGGCAAAGGUGGGUGGUAUGGCAAAUGUACAGCACAUGACCCAGCCAAACACCAACAACCCUUUCCAUGGAUUCUCCUCUUCCAUGAACACUAUGCCUACACCCACACCCAACAUGAAUGCAUUGUCCUCCUUCGUGCCCACCACGACCAGCACUUAUGCAUUAGGGAAUAUGGUGGAUGGACUCAAUAUGCCUGGCAAUAUGAACAUCAAUCCCAACAACAUGGGCUCACCUGCCGUAAAUAUGAACCCUAAUAUCGCUGGAGCUGCUCCCAACAUGGUCAGGAAUGUGAUCACUAACUUGCCUGGAAAUAUGGGUGGGAACACGAACAUGAUGCACCCAAAUAUGAUUGCUGGUGGCAACUUUAGGGGAAGUAUGAAUGUGCCAGGAACAUUGCAGCGGACCAUAUCAUCAGGAAAUGUGAACAUUGCAGCAAACAAUGCUGGGGCUAGUAUUCAAGAUGCAAACAGAAGUGACAAUAUUGCAGGGAAUCAUGGUGUUGGUGCUGUAAGCAAUGUUAACAUGAAUGCUCAAGCUGGAGUGAAUGUGCAGCAACAGCCACCACAGUCGUUAAGUGCUCAACAGUCACUUGCAGGAGUUGGUGUAGGUACAGCUGCUGGUGGCUCCCAGGCUUCAGCAGCAGACCCAGGCAAACGCAAACUCAUUCAAAGGCAACUGGUACUACUCUUGCACGCACAUAAGUGUCAGAGACGGGAAACUGCGGCAAACGGAGAAGUAAAGCCCUGUGCUCUACCACACUGCCGAACCAUGAAGAAUGUCCUCAAUCAUAUUACUAACUGCCAAGCCGGAAAGUCUUGCCAAGUGGCCCACUGUGCUUCUUCUAGGCAGAUUAUUUCUCAUUGGAAAAAUUGCACAAGGAAUGACUGUCCUGUUUGUCUCCCACUGAAGAAUGCUUCAGAUCGUAAACAGCAAAAUUCUACAGCAAGUCAGUUUCUGCAGAAUCUUGCACCAGUCUCUGUUGAUCACAACUCUAUGGCACGUGCAUUUGAAAGUCUAGGCAUCCCCAUUAAAGCUCCAAGAAUGCAAGGAAUAUCAGGAGAAUCUGCUGGAAACCUGUUGAACCAGCAGAAUAUCCCGCAGGCAUCAGGUGCAGCAGGAAAUAUUCCACGUCCUGUCUUGAAUCAACCUCUUACUACUGCAGGUUUAGAACAGCAGCAACAGCAGCAGUUGUCAGCACAGCAACAGCCUCCAGCACAACAGGCACCAACACAGGUUACACAGCAGGUUGUACAGCAGCAGCAGCAGCAGCAACCAGGGCAAGCCCAACAACCUCAACCAAAUGCACAGCCUGGUCAGACACAACCACAGCGGCCUCCCCAGCAGCCGGCCCAGCAACCAUCACAACAGGCUGCUGCAUUGCCAACAAGCAGCAAUGCUCCGCCAGCUAGCAGUUUCCAAGGCAUGAACUCCUUGAGCAAUGCAGGACCUACCAACACCAUGGUUGCAGCUAGUAGCAGCAUAGCAGUAGCCCUGGACUCUGCAAGUUUGAACACCUCCAACAUUAUUAAAAGCAUCCGGAAUCAAGAGAUUAAUGUGUCUUCAGCUUCUGGGCUCCCAGCUGCAAUCCAGUCCCAAGCCAACCAACCAUGGCAUGCAUUUGUCACACAGGAUCUCAGAGCCCACCUAGUCCAUAAAUUGGUGCAAGCAAUAUUUCCCUCCCCUGAUCAAGCAGCCAUGAGGGAUAAGCGCAUGGGGAACCUGGUUGCUUAUGCCCGCAAAGUGGAGAAGGACAUGUAUGAACAAGCAGGCAGUAGGGAGGAAUAUUACCAUCUUCUGGCUGAGAAGAUCUAUAAAAUUCAGAAGGAAUUAGAAGAGAAGCGUCAGAAGAGGGUAGCUGAGCAGCAUGGCAAUCGUUUACCUGGCUCAGUGGGUCCAGGUGGACAGCUGCUACCAGGCCAGCUUGGGACAGGUCAAGGAGCCAGCCGUGGUGCUCUCACUGGUCUUACACAGAGUGAGUACAUCUCUACCGUCCUGCAAGAUUUGAGUGGAGUGACUCCAAAUGGCCCCAAACGUGAUCUUGCGAUGAACACUAAUGUUCCUGGGAAUUUGCCAAAUAUGGUAAAUGCAGUUGGACCUGGGCAAACUACUGUCAACCCACAGCAACAAUCUGGCCAACAAUCAACAAUGCAAGCACCAUUGCACCCUGGUCAGCAACCACAGCAACCUCAAACGCAGCAACUUGCCAACCAGUCUCAACAGCAGCAGCAGCAGCAACAACCCAACCCAAAUCCGUUCCGUAACUUCCCUCCAAUCCCUGGGCCACCACAGUCAAUGGCGAAUGCUGUCAGCAAGGCUCCAGCCAGUGCAGCUAUGACACAGCCGCAGAGUGUUGGUGCUAUCACAUCUCAGGCACAGCAACCCACCCAGCAGCAACAAAUACCAACUCAGAACAACACAUCACCUAUUGCUUCUUCAUUGCCAUCAGUCAGUUCAGUUUCUUCUAGUCAGCCUACACCUCAGGCAAGCUUAUCUGGUCCACUCUCAAACCAUACUGAUCACAGUGAAGAUGUUAAGCCUCAGAUUGGAGGAAAGCAACUUCCCAGCAACAACCCGGCAUCAGUGGCAGAGAAGAUUAUCAAACAGGAACCCCUGGAGACAUCAGGAUUAAAGAGUAAACCGUCCAUGGGUCUUAUCAAACAAGAGUCAUCAACGGCUGUAGCAACAGCAAUCCCUCAGAAGCCAUGCAGCUAUGGUGACAAACCUAGCAAUAUGAACAUCAAGACAGAACCUGUCAUCAAGUCUGAGCCAAUGGACCAUGAUGGCAAGGGGGAGGUCACUGCAGCGUCAGCAACCCCUUCCUCAAAAUCCACAACAAGCAACAGUACAACCACAAGUUCCAGCGGUGCUACAGCAUCAGUUAACAGUACAAAUGGCACCAAGGCAUCCACGUCUGGUGCCAUGUCAACGCAAUUGGUUAAGAAUGAGUCGAAAAAACCAAAGGCAAUGAAGACAUUCAAACCUGAUGAAUUGAGGCAGGCCCUCAUGCCCACACUUGAAAAGUUAUAUCGCCAAAACCCAGAAUCAUUACCCUUCCAACAGCCAGUUGAUCCUCUCAAGCUGCAGAUUCCUGAUUACUAUGACAUCGUGAAGACACCUAUGGACCUACAGACCAUCAAGAACAAGCUGGACACGGGCCAAUACAUUGACCCGUGGCAGUUUGUGGAUGAUGUUUGGCUGAUGUUCGACAAUGCAUGGCUCUAUAAUCGCAAGACAUCGAGGGUCUACAAGUACUGUACCAAACUGGCUGAAGUCUUUGAGCAAGAGAUUGACCCGGUCAUGCAGGAGCUGGGCUACUGCUGUGGUAGAAAGCAUGUAUUCCAUCCUCAAGUGUUGUGCUGUUAUGGAAAGCAGCUGUGUACUAUACCAAGAGAUGCACAUUACUGGACAUACCAGAACAGAAGUGUUGGCCUUGUUUCCAACAGGUAUCAUUUCUGUGAGAAGUGCUUCAAUGACAUUCAGGGUGACACCGUUGUCCUUGGAGAGGACCCCACACAAUCACAAACGACAAUCGAGAAGAAGACAUUUUGCAGGAAGAAGAAUGACAUUCUUGAACCUGAACCGAUGUACAACUGCCUUGAGUGCGGUCGUAAGUUACAUCAAAUUUGUGUCCUCCAUGUUGAUGUCAUCUGGACUGAUGGCUUCAUCUGUGAUGGAUGUCGGAAACAGAAAAAUAUCAAGAAGAAAGAAAACAAGUUCACAGCAAAGAAGUUGCAACCUUCGAAGCUAGGAACUCACCUUGAAAACAGGGUCAACAAGUUUCUUAGAGAUCGCAACGCUGGUGCUGGUGAAGUGGUCAUUAGAGUCAUGUCAUGUACAGAGAAGGUUGUAGAGGUCAAGCCAGGAAUGAACUCAAGAUACGGAGAUGAUCUUCCUGAUACCUUUCCAUACAGGUCAAAAGCACUCUUUGCCUUUGAGGAGAUUGAUGGGGUAGAGGUGUGCUUCUUUGGGAUGCAUGUGCAAGAAUAUGGCUCAGAUAGCCCCAAGCCAAACCAGGGGCGAGUGUAUAUAUCCUACCUGGACAGUGUCCAUUUCUUCCAACCUAGGGCUUUCAGGACCGCUGUCUAUCAUGAAAUACUUAUUGGAUACCUUGAAUACACUGGAUGUCUAGGGUAUGAGUUUGCCCACAUCUGGGCUUGUCCACCGAGUGAAGGAGAUGAUUAUAUCUUCCAUUGUCAUCCUGUGGAGCAGAAGAUUCCUAAGCCAAAGAGAUUACAGGACUGGUAUAGGAAAAUGUUGGACAAAGCCCUAGCUGAUGGUGUCAUCAAUAUCUACAAUGACAUCUUGAGUGCAGCUAUGGAGGAUGGGUUGACAUGUGCCACUGAGCUUCCUUACUUUGAGGGUGAUUUCUGGCCUAAUGUUCUUGAAGAGAGUAUCAAGGAGUUAGAUCAGGAGGAAGAGGAAAGGCUGAAGGCUGCAGAGAAGGCUGCUGCUGCACAGAGUGCCAGUGAAGAGCAGACCCAGGUUGGUCCAAAUGGCAGCAAAAAGUCUCAGAAAAAGUGCAAAAAGACGAACAAGAGCAAAAGCAGUAGUACCCGGAAGAACAACAAGAAGACCAACUUUCCUCAGCAAGGCAAUGAUCUUUCACAAAAGUUGUAUGCUACCAUGGAGAAACACAGAGAGGUGUUCUUUGUCAUCAAGCUCAAGCGAGCACACAGUGAGAAGAUCCACGACCCAGACCCACUGGUUACCUGUGAUCUGAUGGACGGACGUGAUGCCUUCCUUACCAUGGCAAGAGAGAGGCAUUAUGAGUUCUCUUCCUUACGUCGAGCAAAAUUCUCUUCCCUCUGUAUGCUGUGUGAGCUUCAUAACCAGGGUCAGGAUAGGUUUGUCUAUACCUGUAACGAGUGCAAGCACCAUGUGGAGACCAGAUAUCACUGUACUGUGUGUGAGGAUUAUGAUCUGUGUGCAGUAUGCUAUGAGAAGAUCAAACAUGAGCACAAGAUGGAGAAGUGGGGACUAGAACUGGAUGUGGAACCUGGCUCGAAUGCAGUGAGGAAUCCUCAGGAAGCUCGUCAUCUCUCCAUACAGCGAUGCAUCCAGUCACUAGUCCAUGCCAACCAGUGCAGAGAUGCCAACUGCUGCUUACAGAGCUGUCAGAAGAUGAAGAGAGUUAUCCAGCACACGAGAGGCUGCAAGAAGAAGACAAAUGGAGAAUGUCCGAUCUGCAAGCAGCUUAUUACUCUGUGUUGUUUACAUGCCAAGCACUGUCAGGAACAAAAGUGUACUGUGCCAUUCUGUAUCAAUAUCAAGCACAAGUUACGGCAGCAACAGCUUCAGCAGAGACUGCAGCAGGCCCAGCUCCUUCGGCGUAGGAUAUCGGCUAUGACGCGGGGAGCGCCGCCUCCAUCUCAGCCUGCAGUGCAAGCAGCACCGCAACAAACGGCAGUAUCUUCGAUGCAACAGCAGCAACAACAAGCGGCCUUACCCCCUGGACAGCAACAGGCAGCAAUAGCUGCUCCUCCACAACAACCAAACAUUCCUGCAGUGCCACCACCUCCUCAGGGUGCUCUCGAUGCUGUAAAAAUUGUGCAACAACAAGUUGAUGCAACUAGAAAUCCAAUUAAUCAAAUUGCACAGCCAAGGACUAUUUCACCACCAACUGCUCAGCGAGGAAACCCCAAUCUGAAAACUGUCAUGAGUCAGCCAAUGAUGCAGCAACAGCCACCACAGCAGCAACAACACGGUGGACAAUUACAAAAAUCUGUUUCAAUGCCUCCUGGUGGUGGUGUUGGUGGUGUAACUGCAAUGAAUCAAAUGGGUCAGUGGAGGCCCCCUAUGGAUCAGACAGGACAUAUUCAAGGCCAAGUGCCUGUCAUGCAGCAACAUGCACAAGGCAUGGUCAUACAUAAUGCAUCCCAGCCUCAGCAAAAUCACAUGACUCAGGUACCGCCUCAAGGUCAGCAGCAGAUACCUCCGCAAAGGAAUAAUGUGCCACAGCAGGCAUUGCAGCAAUUGCUGCAGACACUGAAGUCGCCACAUUCUCCUCAGCAACAGAAGCAGGUUCUGUCUAUCCUGAAGUCCAACCCCCAACUGAUGGCUGCCUUCAUCAAGCAACGGUCGGAGCAUCAGCAGCGGAUGCAACAACAGCAGCAGCAGCAGCAGCAGCAACAUGGGCAGCUGCAGCAGGGUAACAUGCAGGCUGCUGGUCAGCCUGUACCACAGCAACAGAUGGCUCAACCAAAUAUGCAGCAGCAACCUGCACAACAGAUGAUGAAUCAAACGUGGAUGCAACAACGGCAAAGACCAAGGUUUCAGCAGGGUUAUAUUCAACAGCAGAUCCAACCGCAGAACCCUGGCAAACCCUUCCAACAAAUGCCAACUGGCCACCCAGCACAGUACAGUCAACACCCUUCUGCCAUGCAGCAAAGGCGAAACAUGAUGCCACAGACCAUGCAGCAGCUCCAACAGCAGCAACAGCAGCAGCAGCAACAACAGCAACAGCAACAACAAGGCAUCUCACAGGGUGACCCUGCCAUGCAGUACAUGCUUCAAGGCCAGGUUCAACAGCAAGGCAUUAUGUCCAACCGCUCGCCACAGCAGGUUCUGUCGCAGGUUCGUUCUCCUCAGACCACGAACAACCCCCUUGCCCAGGUCCGGUCACCGCAGACCAAUGCCAAUAAUCCCUUAGCCCAGGUCAGGUCACCACAGACAAAUUCCAAUGCCCUGGCACAGGUUCGGUCACCCAAUCCUAACCAGUCACCGAGACCUCAGUCACAACCCUCUCCUUCACCAAGAACUCAUUCUGCUCAGCCUUCUCCAAGGCCAGUAGGAGCAAUAAACUCUCCUCACCCUGUGGGUGGGACAACAGACAUUCAGAUGGAUCAGACCCCUGUGUUGUCACAAAACCCAACGGCCAUGGGCCAUAGCAAUAAGAACUCGCUGCAGAGUCCCGCUACAGUGGGCGGAGCAGCACCAGGUCUACAGGAGGAAUCCGACAUGACACCACUCGAUCCUCAGGACCAAUUGUCAAAGUUUGUAGAGAUGUUGUGAUUGUCAUGGUGGAGUAUUCGUUGUGUGUGUUACUAUUUAAAUCACAAGGCCAAAUAUGAAAUGAACAAUCUUUGUACAAAGGAGAUGAAUAUAAAAUGUUAUAAAGCAGAGACUUUUUUUUUACAUAGACUUCCCGUCUAAUGUUUACAAGCAGUCAAUGAUUAGCUUCUUCUGAUGGGGAUAUAACUGUAGAUUUUGGUGCAGAAUAAGUAUUGUUUUCCAAAGUGUAAUUUUUAUGAUAAUUUUAUUUCAUAUUUCAAUUUCAUUCCUUGCAGUUUCUUAUGAAAUCUAAAACAAGUCUUGUAUCAUUGCUAUAAAAAGAGAAAGUAAGGAAAUUUCUAUUUGUACAGCUCUAUAUUAUUAUUAUUAUUGUAAGAAAGAGAAGAAUAAUGCCACUCACUCAAAUAUGAAAACUUUCUUAUUUUUCAUUGUUUCAUAGUCAUUUUUGUAUACAGUAAAAAUUUAAUAUAACAUGGUGCAUUUCAGUACCUGUGACAUGACUAAAGAUGUAUUUCCUUGACUCUAUCCACUAUGACUGUGACAUAUCUAUGUGCUGUACAAUUUUAGUAUAAAUAGGUGUAGGUAUUGUGAAUGAUCUUUAUUUUCCUCCCAUUUUUAAAAAUGGUCUACAUUACUGUGUCAUAGUGGAAUUUCUGUCCUGUUUUUUGUAUAAAAAUUGUUUGAAAAAAAAUAAGAGAAUCAUGCUGAAUGUUCUAUUUGAAGGUUGUAACUAAUUUGAAGAACCCCACGAUUUCAAAUGUUUGUACAAAAGAAUGACACCUAAAGUGUAUUUCCUACUUAUAUAUCAUAUGCGUAAUAUUCUAAAUAAAUGUCUGCACUUUUCAAAUUUGAAAGGAAGUUCUUUUGUCAAUGACGUCUUUCAUUUGGUUCAUUAUUUUAUGUUGUAUUCAUGGUAACGGUAAUCCCUGGGCAACUUUUCCCCCCUUUUUCUGGAUUCCAUGUGCACAGACAUCUCUUAGACAUAUUGCAUUGGUAAUUCUCGACUUGUUUGUACUAUCAUAUAUUUUCUGUAGGAAGCCAUCCAUAUCACAAUUCUUGUUUUAUCAAAGUUAUGACACUUCUCUUUAUGAAACUGAAAUGUACUUUAAACGUAGGACUCGAACAGCAUUCUCACGUCUUUAUAUGUAAAUUAGAAAUUAUGUGAGGUCUGUUUCAAUCUGAAGUCCAGCUAUGCAAAACCGUUAAAAAACCCCAUUAGUCUGAAGUCUGAACACAAACUUGUGGCAGAUUAUGUCUCUGAGCCAUUGUUAAUACAAGUGCUUUGGACUUGAAAUUCAUUCUGAAAUGUUUCCUUUUUAUUAUUACUUGAAUUUCCUUGAAUUUCACAAAAAUAUAUACAUCCACAUUUAUAUUAUGAUGGUUAUUAACUACAGAGAGUGGAAAGUGUAUCUUUGCAAAUGUGAACGUCAAUGAUGUUAAUAGCAAUUUUAAAUAAAGAAAGAAGUCAAUUAUAAAGCAUUAUUUUGAUAGCAAGAUGAUUGAAUCUUCUUUAAAACAAUGAAUAAACAUGUUUUUAAGACAGACAAAUGA